AUGGCGAUUGAUGGUGAAAAUGUAGAUCUGGUGCAAAACAGUUCAGGUACAUCUGUUCCCUCACAAGUCAACUAUGGGCAGGGUCAAGGUAUCGAUUAUAACCAUUGGCUCCCCAAUAUACACGCAAGUUUGCUUGGUAUUGAGAAUUACACUAUGUGGAGUCGAUCUAUUAAGCUAGCUCUACUAGGGAGAAAUAAGAUAGGUUUAAUCGAUGGUACUGCUAGGAAGGAGAUAUUUGGUGAGGAACUGUGGGGGCAAUGGAAAAGAGUAAAUAUUAUAGUACUGUCUUGGUUAAUGAAUUAUGUAUCCAAAAGUUUACCAAGUGGAAUUGUUUUUGCUUCUAGUGCUUUCAAUGUUUGGACAGAUUUAAAGAAAAGGUUUGAUAGAGUAGAUGGCUCUAGAACCUAUAGUUUGCACAAAGAUAUUUCCUCAUUACAGCAGGGUACUGCUUCUGUUUCUACGUAUUAUACAAGGCUGAAAAGUUUGUGGGAUGAGUUUGACAUAUUGGCACAAGCUGUAUCAAUUUUGAUGGGCUUAAAUAAAUCUUAUCAUCAAGCAAGGAGCCAAAUCCUAAUGUUGGAUCCACUACCAUUAAUUAGCUAUGCUUAUGCUAUGAUAAUUGGGGAUGAGAGUCAAAAGGUUGUAGUUACUGGUGUUAAUGGUAUGGGAAUGGUAGCUACUGGUGUUAAUGGUAUCACUGCUGCAUUGGAAUCAUCAGUUACCCUGUAUUCUAAAGCAAGUAGUAGUUUAGGAGUAAGUCAUAAAAUUAAGAGAAACUCACAUUUAAUAUGUGAUUUCUGCAAGUGUAAGGGUCACAACAAAGAGUUCUGCUACAAGAUUGUAGGUUAUCCACAUGACUUUAAGUCCCAAAGGAAGGCUCAAGGAACUUCUCCUGCAUACGCUACCACUGGUAAAACAUCAUCUCUUAUUUCUGAACACAGCAAAGUAUGGAUUGUAGAUACUGGUGCAACAAACCAUAUGGUUUUUAGUUUGGAUAUGUUAAAUAGAAAUACUGUGAAUAAACUUGAAGUCUCUAAGCCUGUCUAUCAACCUAAUGGUGAUACUACUCAAGUGUCUCACACUGGUUCUUAUAGUUUAUCAGCAAGGAGUAUUAUCUCAAAUGAGCUAUACAGUGGGAAGUGUAAUGGUCAAGAAAAGGAAACUGAGGCUGCAUUUACUGCUCACAAUGUCAGAGAAGCAGACAUGGUGUUAUGGCAUCAAAGGUUGGGUCAUGUAUCAUCAACAUUUCAGAAAAGGGUCAAAGUGUUGAGGACUGAUAAUGGUACUGAGUUUGUAAACUCAAGUUGUCAAAAAUUGUUUACCGAUAUGAGAAUUGUGCACCAAAGAUCAUGUCCAUAUAUCCCUCAGCAAAAUGGAAUUGUUGAGAGGAAACAUAGGCAUUUACUUGAGGUCACCAGGUUGUAUGGUAGUAAACCAACAUUAUCUCAUAUCAAGACUCUUGGGUGCUUGUGUUUUGCUAAGCUUCUUACUGAGCAUGAUAAGUUGAUACCUAGAUCAAGGUCAGCAGUUCUCAUGGGCUAUUCAGAAGUACAUAAGGGGUAUAUACUUCUUGAUCUAACUGAUAAAUCCUUCUUUACAAGUAGGGAUGUGGUGUUUAGAGAAGACUUAUUCCCUUUUGCAAAGAUAGAUAAUUCAAUACAGGAAAACAUUUUUGUAGAUCCCCUACAAGAAUCAGUUAUGUUAAGUGUUGAUUAUCAAUAUACAAGUCAUGUGGUUCCCAUGUGCUCUCCUGAUACUAUCUCUCAUGAGACUCAUACUAUGGAUCAGUCUUGUUCUCUAACUGCUGAGGUUGUUUUAUCAGACACAAGUGUGUUAGACAAUGAGGUUAUGGCUCCCACACAGGUAUCUCAAGAGGCUGCAAAUCUUCAUACUCAUAGGAGGUCUACCAGACAGGAGCUCAAACCAACUUGGUUGAAGGACUUUAUAUCUUUGGUUGUUAACAAAGAUGCCAUAUAUCCUUUGGGUAAUUACAUGAGUUAUGCUCACAUUUCCCCUACUUAUCAAUGUUAUAUUGCAGCCACCUCUAUCAUUAAUGAACCUGAUUCUUACUUAGAAGCACUAGAAAGUAAUCACACUUGGGAGUUAACUGAAUUGCCUAAGGAGAAGAAGGCAAUUGGUUGUAGAUGGAUUUAUAAAGUUAAAUACAAGUCAUCAGGUGAUAUAGAGAGAUUCAAGGCAAGGUUAGUUGCCAAGGGUUAUUCUCAGCAAGAAGGGAUAUAUUACAAUGAGACUUUCUCACCUGUUGUUAAGAUGGUGACAAUUAGGACCAUUGUUUCUCUUGCAGCUACUAGGAAUUGGCAUAUACAUCAAAUGGAUGUAUUCAAUGCCUUUCUACAAGGUGAUUUAGAUUAUGAAAUCUAUAUGCAGCUGCCUCAGGGAUUUGUUAGUCAAAGGGAGAAAUUAGAAGAGGGGAUCAUACUAGUGUUGGUUUAUGUAGAUGACGUGUUAAUUACUGGCAGUAGUCUUAAACUAAUAGAAGACACAAAGAAGGAAUUGCAACAAGCUUUUAAGAUGAAAUAUUUAGGAGAAUUAAAGUACUUUCUAGGCAUUGAGUUCACCAGAUCAACAGCUGGUAUAUUAAUGCAUCAGAGGAAGUACACACUUGAACUUAUAGCUGAAGUUGGUUUGACAGCAACCAAGAAGUCUGUGACAAGGUACAUGAUUAAGGUUGGUCAAUCACUAACAUCAUGGAAGGCAAAGAAGCAAACAAUAGUGUCAAGAAGCUCAGCUGAAACUGAGUUCAAAAGUCUGGCUUCGACUGUUUCAGAAUUGGAUUGUUUGGAAUCAAGGAUUGGUGUUCUGGUUUUGGAAUCAGAUUGUAGGCUUUGUGUGGAAUCAAGAAUCGGUGUUCUGGUUUUGGAAUCAGAUUGUAGGCUUUGUUUGGAAUCAAGAAAUGGUGUUUUGAACUUGGAAAGGUUGAAUCUUUAG